UCUCCAUAUAUAUACAAUUUCAAUGAGUUCCAUCACCAUUUUCGAAAUGGGAAAAGUAUUUCCAAGAAUCACAUCUUACUUAGUUUUUAUUCUUUUCCUAUUACCUUGGAAUGUAGUAGGUCGUCACCUUCAUUAUGAGUUGUAUGAUGGUGUCAGUGAUGGUGUUGCUCAAGAACACGAGCCAGAGUCCUUUCUGCAUCUCAAAGGACAUGAUUAUUCAGAAGACCACUGUGAGCUAAUGUACGGGUUUUUGCCAUGUUCAAGCAAUGUCCCGAGUCAUAUCUUUCUCAUUGUGAUAUACGAGUACCUAUUAUAUCAUGGAGAAUCAUAUGCUGGUGGUGAUGGACGAAUUUUUCGUGUUCUUGGGAAGAACUUUUAUGUUGCAAUGUUUUCUCAGCUUCUUGAUUCCCUCCCGGAAUCUUUAAUACUUCUUGCAACUGGAUUGACAACUAGCAAACAAAAAGCUCAAGAUUAUGUUGUAACGGGUGCUGGGUUGCUAGCUGGAUCGUCAAUAUUGCUUCUCACACUUCUAUGGGGAGUAUGCUUCAUCUGUGCUAGAACAAAAUCAGUAAAAUAUCAAGGUGGUGUCGUCACCGAUGUGGAAACCAAAUAUCAUGCGAAAGUUAUGUUUUUUUCGUUGAUACCUUUGGUAGUUAUUUUAAUACCGAGUGUGUUUGGUUUAGGGUAUUCUAGUGAAGGAUAUAAGAUCGUGCUUCUUGUGUCACUUUGUGUUUCACUUAUCUGCUUAUUCUCUUACUUCUUCUAUCAGAGUUAUGAUUCACGGAUCCAAAAAAGAAGAUUGGAGUAUGCAGAGGUUGAACGAAAAGUUGAAAUGCAUGUACCAUUUUAUGAAGUACAAGCACUAAUGCUCGAUAGGGAAAAACAUCUCAUGAUUAAGCAAAAAGAAAUGGAGAAAUGGUUGAAACAUCCUCAGCCUACUGAUGCAAAAGCAAUGACAAGAGAUAAAUUCUAUGAUAAGUUUGAAAAGUGGAUUGAUGAGACAAGACAAUUGAUGGAUGAUCCGUAUUCUAUGGAUAAAUCAGGGACAGAAUACAAUCAGGUUGCGGAAUUGUUGCUUGAAGAUAAAAACAAAUUGAUGGAAUUAAUCUCCCAUGUUUUUGGAGAGAAAAUGUUUAUGGAAAAUGGAGCUAUAGAUGAAUCUUCCAUAGAUAGAUUUUUUGAAUGCAUUGAUGAUGAUCAAAAUAAGUCAAUUACACGAAGCGAACUGAAGAGCUACUUCAUGGAACAAAACUCUGAUGAGAUACUUAUAGACGAGGAAAUGGCAGAGAUCAUAAUGAGACAUUUAGACAUUGAUAAAAAUGGAGAAAUUGAUCAAGAAGAAUUCAAAUCCGGUAUUACAAAAUGGCUCAAGCAAAUCGAUCUUGUAGAUUCACAUACCAUAGAAAAGCAAUCAGAGUACAACAACCAAGAAGAAGAUUCACAAUCACACGACAACAACAAAAAAAUAGACAAGUUCCAUAGGGGUGAGGCAAAGGCAAAAGCUGAGGAAAAGUUCAAGGCAAUAGCACUAUUGUUAGUGGGAAUCAUUAUGUUGACAAUCUUGGCUGAGCCUUUGGUAGAGAGUGUACGAAAAUUUUCAGAAUCUUUAAAUAUAGAGCCUUUUUACGUGUCAUUCAUCUUGGUACCCUUGGCUACAAAUGCUAGAACAGCCAUUGCAGCCAUUAGAGCCGCGAGUCAGAAAAGACAUCUAACAACAUCUUUAACUUUCUCUGAGAUAUACCACAAAGUCUUCAUGAAUAAUAUCCUUGGUUUAUUUGUUCUUGUUUCGGUCAUAUACUUUCGUGGUUUGACAUGGCACUUUUCGGCUGAGAUUCUAGUUGUUGUCAUCGUUUGCAUCAUAAUGGGGAUCCUCACAAGUUUCAAAUCCAAGUUUCCAAAUUGGACGUUGUUUAUUGCAUUUCCUCUCUAUCCAUUAUCUUUGGUCAUGGUUUACUUUGUCGCCGAUACUUUUCAGUUGACUUGAACUAUAAUCUACACAAAAGAUCAUUGUCUCAUUUGAUUAAGUCAGGAGAUAUGGUUACAUGUAGCAACAACGAAGGACGGUAUUUUGGUAUAAUUUUUUUUCAAAUGUAGAAGAACACUUUAUUUAUUUAUUAUGAAAAUUCAUACUCAAGAUCUAGUGGUUAUAACAAAAAGGUAAAGAAUAUUUUAAUCCGAGCCUAGUUCGUACCUUUAUA